AUGCGCGAGCGCCCCGCUUCGCCCGUGUCAAGACCAGCCUGGUCUUUGCGUGCGGCAGACGCGCCCGCGCUAGGCCUGAGCACCUCGAUGCCGACGAUCCCUGGGGCGCUAUACCCCGAAGCCCUCACCGCGGACAGUCUGCCCCCCUCCGGGGCCGUGGAGAUGGCGGAGGUGCCGGGGAGGCAGCGGGCAUACCGUGCGCCUGUGCCCGAGCUGGACAUUGCGUUUGCGCUGCAAUUGCGGCCUGGGCUCGGGCUUGGUGCAGAUCCGGCGUGGCUGGUGCGGUUCCUGAUGGCGAUGUUCGGGUGGAUGACCGUGUUGAUUGGUGGU